CAUAAUUCCAUUGUUUAUAAACAUUGAAUGAUCUGGUCUGGUAGGUUUUCCUUCUUUAAACAUUUUACCAAUAGAACAAAGUAUAUUUUAUAUUUUAAUAAUUAAGUAGCAUUUCUCCAACAAUGGAUUUUGAGGAAUCCUUUAUGAACGCUCAAGACUUUGACGGACUCGUGCAAGUGGAACAAGCUCAAGAAAUGAAAGAAGGCUCUACCCCACCAACGGUGACCAACAAACGGGGCCGUAAGCCUGGGAAAAAGACCAGUGACAAAGUGGAUAUCAAAGCCAAAUUAGAACGGAGUCGGCAGAGCGCUCGCGAAUGCCGUGCAAGAAAAAAGCUACGUUAUCAGUAUUUAGAAGAAUUGGUCACUGACCGCGAGAAGGCUGUAUUUUCGUUACGACAAGAACUCGAUAAGUACCGAUUGUGGUGUCUGGAGGUCGACGAAGGUAGAAUUCCUGAAGGCUUACCGGCUUUGUUGGAAGAAUUGGGAGCUGUGAAACAAGAAUCGUCGGGGAUACUUACUAUGUGAUUAAGUUUUUUACACUUAGGUAUUUUGUUAUUCAUAUUCAUGUGCCAUUUCAUUUUUGCUAAAACCUAUAUUAUCCAUUUUUGUCGAUAUUGUUAUGUUGUAAUUGAUAUAGUAUAAGAUAUGUAUUAUAUUAUUAUAUAUUAAUAUUAGGAUUCGACCAACCAUUUUCAAUUUCAUUAAUCAUUAUAAGCGAAACAAAAAUGUAUUUUAAAUGGUUUGCACCAUAGACUGCUUUAAAAUUGAAACUCUUCAUAAGUUCAUGGAGUAAUGGACGACUCCAUUAUUGUUUAUUCCAUGAUUUAUUUUUAUCAUAAAGUAGGUUAGGAUUUUGAUAAAUUUUGAAAUUUUGAGCUUAUGUAAAUUUGAUCGAUUAGGUUUUAGAAUUAGGUAAACUUUAAUAUAUUUAUUAUUAAGUUAAGAGCUAUUAUAUGUAUUUUAAAUAUAUAUAUUAAAACAAAUAAGAAUACUAAUGUAAUAGAUUAUAUAUUUCUACUAUGUUAUGUUGACAAUUAUUUUUUCUUAUAUUACAAAUCUGUACUAAAAAAAAC